AUGUCACUGGCUAAUUCAACCAUUGUUUCACUUCAUAAAGUUCCUCGGGUCGCAAAAAUCGCCGUUGUAUUACUCGUAUUCGUUUGCAUGAUCUCAAUGUUCAUCGGAGUGAUGUAUAAUCGAACGAACCCGUCAUCCACAUUGUUAGCUUCAUCAUCUGGAGCAUUCCAUAACUCCGAGUCGGGUGUUACUUCAAAUACUGAAGCAACUUCAAAACAAGUUGCAAAGCCACUCACGUAUUGGACAGGAAUUGAUAAACAAUUUUCGAAAGCAAGAAUUGCUGAAUUUAUGAGUAAAUUGAAACCUGAUCCCAAAUAUGAGCAAGUGUAUGGAGACAAAGUCAUGACAUGUUUCACAAAACAACAACAUUCUCUGACUUGUGGAUUGACCAAUCAGUUAUUUGAGUUGAUUACUUGUAUGGCCAUUACUGCCAAAGUUGGUGCCAAGAAGUUUAUCAUUCCAUCCAUGUGUACAGAUGGUAAUUGGGGAUUAUGUUACUGUCAAGGAAAUGAUCGAUUUUCUAAAUUCUUUGAUUUGGAACGAACUAAAAAGUUAGCACAAGAACGAUUUGGUAUUUCCAUGAUGGAAUACGAGGAGAGUUCUGAAUUGUUAAAAAACUCUUCUGAAGAAUUGUUCGCUCUUCAAGAUCAAACCUUGGGUCAAAAAACACUCACUGAAGCAGUAGAUAUUAUUCACCAAAAAGCAAUGGAGAAACCAGGUUAUUUAAAUCAUGCAGUGAUUAAUCUUGGUUAUGUAUGGGGAAGAUGGAGAGGAUUAGAUAUUGAGGAAGAUAUGCUCUAUGUGUUAUUCUUUGACUUGUUCACACCAUCUGCUAUUUCGAGAAGAGUUAUGGAAGAUUGGAAAUGGAAAACUGAACUCGACUCAAAAGGACCCUUAAUUGUCAUUCAUAAUCAAAUUCACACUCCCAAUCAAAACCCCAAUAGUUAUCCAGGAUGUCAACGUACCAUGAAUACUGACUUUAUUUCUGUAUUUUUAGGAGAUUUUCUUUUCAAAGAUAAGGAUUACAGAGUAUUAAUGGUUGGUGCCGGAUUCGAAGCUCUCACCGUUGAAAGUUUGAGAUUGACCGAACUUUCCUCAGUGCACAAAGUUCAUGUCUAUCCUCAAUUUGAUAUUAUGAGAACAACUGCCAAUCAUCAAUUGCACAAUUCCUUGUAUGCAUUUUGGUUUGCCAUCGAAUCUGAUUACUUUAUCGCUACGACGUGUGAAAGUCAAUUCUUGUCACACAUUUUCAUGAUUCGAAAAUUCUUAGGAAAACCAACCUGCUCGAUUGCUGACGUUUCAAAAACCAGUUAUCCUGAUGCUUACCCAGAAAAGUAUUUCAAAGAAAGUGCUGAACAUGCUGCCUAUCGAUUCCCACAUCCAUACCGUGGCUCUUUCUUCACAGUGGAGCGAUGUAAAUUCCCUCUCAAGCUUUAA